AUGACAACAACACUGGACGAGAAAGCGAUGCCGUCUAAAGACGACGAAUCAGUAGACUCUGUAGGCAGUCCCGGAAGUGCAAGCAAUGGCGCCACCAACGGGAGCAAAAAGAACCGGACAAAGAGAGGGCACAGCGGUGUUAACCAACUAGGAGGAGUGUUUGUGAACGGUCGACCUCUUCCAGAUUCUACGCGACAACGGAUAGUGGAGCUAGCCCAUAGUGGUGCCAGGCCGUGUGACAUUUCCAGAAUUCUCCAAGUCUCAAAUGGCUGUGUGAGCAAAAUACUAGGUCGCUAUUACGAAACAGGCUCGAUACGACCUCGAGCAAUAGGUGGUAGUAAGCCUAGAGUAGCUACCAAUGACGUCGUGGGCAAAAUAGCCCAGUACAAGAGGGAGUGUCCAUCAAUUUUCGCCUGGGAAAUACGGGACCGGUUGCUAUCGGACGGAUGCUGUAACCAAGACAACAUCCCUAGCGUGUCAUCUAUCAAUCGAGUACUUCGGAACUUAUGUAGUGAUAACCAAAAGGUAAUGGGACAGGGUGCAAUGUACGAUAAACUGGGCCUAUUAAACGGACAGUCAUGGCCACGGCCUAAUCCUUGGUAUACGUCAAACAUGUCCAUGGCUGGCAUUGGAGCGCCGGCGCCUUAUCCAACCCAUCAAAGUUCGACUCCACUCUGCAUAGAUAAGAAAAGUAAUGAUAGUUCCGCAUCAGAAACUAACAGUGAGGGCCAGAAUGGACACACGGACGAGCAGGUCCGCUUACGUCUCAAACGCAAAUUACAAAGGAAUAGAACCUCCUUUACUGCCGCCCAGAUCGAAUCGUUAGAAAAAGAAUUUGAACGGACGCAUUAUCCAGAUGUGUUUGCACGAGAACGAUUAGCUCAAAAAAUUGAUCUCCCUGAAGCCAGAAUACAGGUAUGGUUUUCAAAUAGAAGAGCAAAAUGGCGGAGGGAAGAAAAACUACGAAAUCAGAGAAGAGAAGUUCCGAAUGGAUCUACGAGACUACCUAUAAACAGCAGCUUUCCGAACGGAAUGUAUCCAUCCAUUCACCAACAAAUCGGCACCAUUGCAGAACCAUACAGUACGAUGCCCACCGUUCCAACUUACUCGCUGGCAAACAAUCUCCCGACCAACCCUGCCUGUCUUCAAUCUACAAACACCUCUUCAUACUCCUGUAUGUUACCAGAUUAUUCAGGCCGUGGGUAUGACCCCUUGUCUCUAAGCAGCUAUUCCCGUCCCCCGUGCAACACAGCAGCAAGCAUGCAAAGUCACAUGGCGCAUAAUUCUCAUAACGGAUCAUCUACGGGUCUUAUAUCUCCGGGAGUAUCGGUACCGAUACAAGUGCCAGGAGGUGGGCCCCAAGAUAUGAGUGCUCAUCAUCAUAUGGGAUCGAUGCCGUCGCAAUAUUGGCCCAGGCUACAAUGA